AAGUGUGCGGACAUGACGUUUUUACUCUGACUAUCGACGUCGCUGGUUUUAUGUCGGACAUCCUAGCGCCCAGAUUGCGCACAGUUCCGUCUCAUUUGUAUUCGCCAAAAGAGAAGUCUGACCUCGCCAGAAUAAUAAACGUGAUGCUGGAUUUCGGUUUGUCGUUCGUGCAAGAGAAGAAUCCUCAGGGAGGAUAUAUCUACAAUUUAGAUCCUAAUAUCUUGGAAGUUGGCGUUUUUCCUGAUUGCAAGGCGCAUCGAAAUCUGACGUACGCGGUACAGCAGAUAAUCGCGCAGGAGUUGGAGGUCGAACGUUUGAAGCGCGCGAGCAUUUUAACGGGGCUCGGUGGAGUCAACUCGGAGAUUCCGGCGAAUCCAAAAAAGCCAGAAACUACAGAAAAUAUUCAGAAUAGAUCUUCCAAUCUUCCGAAUAAUAAGAAUAAUACGAAACAAUCUACAAACGAAGAAAAGAAGCCUUUAAAAGAAAUAGUGUACAAAGACUUUUUCGGAAAUAUCAUUACGAGUGAGAAGCAGAAUAAAGCGGUGAAUCGUAUAUCCCCGAAGUCACAGAAAAAUUACUCCCUGAUGCAGAACAUUUUAACGAAACACGGAAUAUGGUACAAAUAUAAAGAAGGUUGCAACAACGCCGUUCGCCGGA